GUUGGCAGGAGGACAGGAAAAUCUUCGAGACUUGAACUCUGAAGGAAGUCACAAUCACAAAUGAACCAAGUUUCAAGAAACAAAGCCAAAAGUAACCCAAACCAAGCAGCCAAAAAUGUGCAGAAAGAGAAGGGACGCUAACUUUUACCAGCUCAAGUCCAACGCGUGCUAUUAAUAGGAUCAGUUGAGCGAGUUCCAUAUACUCGGUUAUAUUAUUAACGGGCGGAAAGUGCCCACUAAAUAAGUCGAGUACAUAUAUGAAUCCAGUAGAGUGGAAGGAAUUCUGAUAAGACGGCGUCUCCUUCCUUCAGCAUUAAGGAAGAUGCUGAUGAGCGUUCACUCAUCUUUCAGUAUUCGUCCAAGGUGCACCUCAUCCCAGGAGAACCUUCCAUAAGACUUAUUAAAAAUUUUCAUCUUAACGAAUUCAGAAAUUUUAGCUGAGACGAAUAUUUCCGAAAAAAAUCAAUAUGUCCAUCCUUGAAAAAUAUUAUUGUUGUACCAGCAAAAGUUUUCUCGUAAACAGCCGUGGCAGACCGUAUAGAAAUCGAUUCUUGCCCCCGUAUCUCAGAAAUUCUGAACUGAUCGUCCGUCUCCCUGGCCACCCGCACAACAAAUACACGCAAACGGCCCCCUACAUCUGCUCUCAUCCCAGCGUCGGACACAGGAACGUGAACCGCAUAAUGACCCGGUACGUGGAACAUCAGAAGAGAGCCUGCGUUCAGGAUGAGGACGGCAACUUCUGGUUCCGAGGGUCACUAGCAGCUGAAAAGGAGAGGAAGUUGUCCGCUGUUGAUUCCGGGAUUAGCGAAACCAGCACCGACGAAGGAUCUCAAGUCAGCAAGAAGGAUCGAGACGGGGCUGUGAGUCCAGAUUUGGGCGUCUAUUCGAAUAGCGACGAAAUUGUUGACAUUGAUGAUGAGCUGUAUGAGAAGCUGACCAGGCUUAAGAUUGCGGAUAUGAAAUUUUGUCGAAAACGUCCACAAAUUCGGAAUUAUGAAUUUAAAAAUUGGAAUGUUGAGUCCGUUUUCGGAAAGUUGGUUUAAAUAGUAGGACAUUUAUGAACGUGUGACGAAUAGAAAGAAUAUUUUGACUUUUCAUGAAUUUAGUGGUCUUUUAAUUGGUUUUACGAUUCGAUAUAGUGCAAAAUUUGUAUAAUUUUUUUUCAAUCAAUUAUCUUACCAACAUUUUAAAGCAAUUUGUUAUGAUUUGUCGUUU